AACGCCCGCAUUGAUACCUCUUUUGUAAUUUAUAAAGAGGACAAUACAAUCAAAUUGCAUGCAGCUUCUUCACAAGAUCCGACUUUAAGAUAUUGAAUUUCCUAUCAUUUAUAUUUCACUUCCAAUACCAGAAAUUUCGGUCUUUGAUCAAUCAAUUGCUUCUCUUUUAAUUCAAGAAAUUCCGUUCCUAAAUCAAUCAGUCUCUUCGAAUUGUAAGGUCUCUGGCAGUAUGUUGGGCAAUGGAGUUGUUGGAAUCCUUUCCGAGUCGUCAAAUGUGUGGGAGAGGAGAGCUCCUUUGAGCCCAUCACAUUGCGCACGCCUUCUACGUAGCGGCAAGGAUAAAAGCAGAGUGGACCGCAUAAUUGUUCAGCCAUCCACGAAGCGCAUUCAUCAUGAUGCUCUGUAUGAGGAUGUUGGUUGUGAAGUAUCAGAUGACCUUUCAGAAUGUGGUCUAAUCUUGGGGGUUAAACAACCAAAGUUGGAGAUGAUUCUUCCUGAUAGGGCGUAUGCCUUUUUCUCCCAUACCCAUAAGGCACAGAGAGAGAACAUGCCAUUGUUGGAUAAGGUUCUUUCUGAACGGGUUUCAUUAUAUGACUAUGAGCUUAUUGUUGGAGACAAUGGGAAGAGGAUGCUUGCUUUUGGGAAGUAUGCUGGUAGAGCUGGUCUGAUAGACUUCUUACGUGCACUAGGAACAAGAUAUUUGAAUCUUGGAUAUUCAACUCCUUUCCUCUCAUUGGGAGCAUCUUAUAUGUAUUGUUCUUUGGCUGCUGCGAAGGCUGCUGUGAUUUCUGUGGGUGAAGAGAUAGCCACAUUGGGGCUGCCAUCUGGAAUUUCUCCACUAGUUUUUGUAUUCACUGGCUCUGGAAAUGUUUCUCAAGGCGCACAAGAGAUAUUUAAGCUCUUACCUCAUACCUUUGUGGAUCCCAGCAAUCUCCCAAAACUCUUUGGAAUGGCUGGAGAUGUUAGUCACCCAUCACAAACAUCAAGGAGAGUCUUCCACGUAUAUGGUUGCGUUGUCAGUUGUCAAGACAUGGUUUCACCCAAGGAUCCUUCAAAAAGAUUUGACAAAAUUGAUUAUUACACACAUCCAGAACACUACAUUCCUAUUUUCCAUGAAAGGAUAGCACCAUAUGCAUCUGUAAUAGUUAAUUGCAUGUAUUGGGAGAAAAGGUUUCCUCGGUUGCUUACUACCAAGCAGUUGCAAGAACUAAAGAGGAAAGGUAGCCCACUAGUUGGAAUUUCUGAUAUAACUUGUGACAUUGGAGGUUCAAUAGAAUUUAUUAACCAGACCACUUCAUUGGAGAGGCCUUUCUUCAGAUACAACCCUUUCACUGAUUCAUACCAUGAUGACAUGGAGGGUGAUGGUGUAAUAUGUCUAGCAGUUGAUAUUCUCCCAACAGAGUUUGCAAGAGAGGCUUCCCAACAUUUUGGAGAUAUCCUUUCCCAAUUUAUUGGCAGCUUGGCUUCUACAAAAGACAUUUCAGAAUUACCAUCCCACUUAAGAAGAGCUUGCAUAGCUCAUGAAGGAGCACUUACUUCCUUGUACGAAUAUAUCCCUCGUAUGAGAAAUUCUGAUUCAACUGAUUCAUCACCAAAUCCUGCUAGCAGUCCCUCAAACAAGAAGAAAUACACUACAUUGGUAUCUCUAAGUGGUCAUUUGUUCGAUCAGUUUCUGAUAAAUGAGGCUUUGGACAUUAUUGAAGCAGCCGGUGGCUAUUUCCAUUUGGUCAGGUGUGAAGUGGGUCAAAGUGCAAACGCUAUGUCAUAUUCAGAACUGGAAGUUGGUGCUGAUGACAUUGCGGUUCUAAAUCAAAUCAUGGAUUCAAUAACCUCUAUUGCUUACCCAAGUGAUAAAAGCCAGAAAUUCAGUAUGGAAACAAAUAUUUUUUCUCUAAAGGUUGGUCAGGUUAGUGAAUGCGUAACGAAGAAUGGAGAUGAUUCGAAGAAGAAACCAGCAGUUUUAAUUCUUGGUGCAGGUCGUGUCUGCCAACCAGCUGCUGAAUUUUUAGCAUCAAUUGGAAAAAUUUCAUCUCGUCGUUGGUUCAAAAAAUGCAUGGGUAAUGUUGAGGAACCCAAAGAGGUUAAAGUUAUUGUGGCAUCUCUCUACCUUAAGGAUGCAGAAGAGACUAUUGAAGGUAUUCCAAAUGCAGUGGCAGUUCAGCUUGAUGCAAUGGAUUAUGGAAGCCUUUGUAAGUAUAUUGCAGAGGUGGAAGUUGUAAUCAGUCUGUUGCCACCCAGUUGUCAUACUCACAUAGCGAAUGCAUGUAUUGAGCUUAAAAAGCAUCUUGUCACUGCCAGCUAUGUUAGUGAUACCAUGUCAAAGUUAGAUGAAAAAGCCAAGAGUGCUGGUGUUGCGAUCCUUUGUGAAAUGGGCCUGGAUCCUGGAAUAGAUCAUAUGAUGGCAAUGAAGAUGAUCAACCAGGCGCAUGCCGAGAAUGGGAAAAUAAAGUCCUUCACUUCUUACUGCGGCGGACUUCCAUCGCCAGCUGCUGCAAACAACCCACUAGCCUAUAAGUUCAGUUGGAACCCAGCCGGAGCUAUCAGAGUAGGGCGUACUUCAGCCAUUUAUAAGUUUCAAGGGGAAACUAUAAAUGUUGAUGGAAAUGAACUUUAUGAUUCGGCAGUGAGACUGCGGAUACCUUAUCUUCCAGCUUUUGCCUUGGAGUGUCUCCCAAACCGUAAUUCUUUGGUUUACGGGGACCUGUAUGGAAUUUCCGGUGAAGCAUCAACCAUCUUUCGGGGAACACUCCGUUAUGAAGGAUUCAGUGAAAUAAUGGGAAGUCUUGUGAAGAUCAGCCUUUUUGAUGAUGAAGUUCAUCCUAUGCUGAAAGAAGGCAAGAGUACAACAUUCGGAAGCUUCCUAGAUGAACUUUUAAAAAUUAAAACAAGUAAGGAGGCAGCGGAUGGUGGGAAUGCGCAAGUAUCUUUGACAGAUGAGAAGGAAAUCGCUAGAAGGUUGGUUAUGCUCGGGCACUGCAAAGAAAUAACUUCUGCAGUGAAGACAGCCAAAGCUAUCAGGUUUUUGGGACUCCAUGAGCACGAAGAAAUCCCUGCAGCCUGCCAGAGUGCAUUUGACGUUGCCUGUUUACGCAUGGAAGAGAGACUAGCCUACUCCAGUUUUGAACAGGACAUGGUGCUUUUGCAUCACGAAGUGGAAGUAGAAUUCCCAGAUGGGCGGCCAACGGAGAAUCACCUUGCCACUCUCUUGGAGUUUGGAAGAACGAAAGACAGGAAAACAACCACUGCCAUGGGUCUCACAGUCGGCAUUCCAGCAGCCAUAGGAGCUUUGCUAUUACUUGUAAACAAGAUCCAGACAAGAGGUGUAGUCCUGCCUCUAGAACCUGAAGUUUAUGUCCCGGCAUUAGAUAUUUUAGAAGCUUAUGGUUUCAAGCUGCUGGAGAAGAUGGAAUGCAAUUGAGCAAAAUACAGGAGCUGUUACGGUCACCUCAUCAUCAAAUGAUUAUCUGGUUCUGACUCAUGUAAUAAUCAGUGCUUGCAAGAAGUGUGCAUUCUAUAAUAAAAUCAGUGUUUGCAAGAAGUCUGUCAGAUGUGCAUGUUGGACAUGUCAAAUGACUAUAGAACAUAACAGUCUUUCCCUCUCUCUCUCUCUGCCUUUUGUUUUUAUUUGCCUGUAUAGAUUGUUUUAAUCCAUUCCUAUUCAUCUAUAUAUAUUUCUCAUAGA